AUGGUUCUUGGUGGGGUGUGGGGGAAGCAGUUGGAAAAUGAUCCUUUGGAUCCGAAAAUGUCUCAAAUCGAUUCGGUUCCCGUGUUGCGAUUUGCCCCCCCAGAAAUCAAAUAUGACGAGAAUGUGGCCACCUGCAUGAAAUCCAUGCAGGGACACCAUAAGCUUGCCGAUUUGUUACUAUUGGCCAACCACAGACAUCCAUUUCUUUAUAUUGUUCCCCUUUCUCGAACACCACGGAAAUUUAUAACCGAAUCUCCUUUAUUAUAA